AUGAGAAGAGGAAAUGACACAUCAACCACAGACCUCAUUUUCCUGGGACUAUUUCCUGAUAUGGGAGACAUCAACUUCCUUAUCUACAUCAUGCUCCUGAGCUACAUCAUUGCCCUCUUUGGAAACACCAUCUUGAUCCUACUAAUUUGGGUGGAUUCUCGGCUCCACACCCCCAUGUACUUACUUCUCAGCCAACUUUCUGCCAUGGACUUAGUUCUCAUCUCCACCACUGUUCCUAAGACGGUCACUGACUUCUGGGUGGACAGGAAAAUUAUCUCUCAAGUAGGCUGUGGAAUACAGAUGCUAUUUCAUAUAACCAUGGAAGGUUCUGAAUGUAUCCUCUUGACUCUGAUGUCCUAUGAUCGCUAUGUUGCUGUCUGCAACCCACUGAGGUACUCAGUCAUUAUGACCCCCUCAGUCUGCCUGCAGAUGGCUGCUAUCUCCUGGAUGAUUGGGUUGCUAAAUGCUGUAGUUCAUACAGUUUAUACCAUGCAUUUACCAAUCUGUGACUCCAGAGAGAUUCACCACUUCUUUUGCGAGAUUCCAGCUGUCCUGAGACUCGCCUGUGAUGACACUUCUGUGUAUGAAAUGACUUUGUUUGUCACAGGAAUAGUGUUCAUCCUCAUUCCCUUUGGCCUCAUUCUGGCCUCCUACAGCCUCAUUUUCUUGACUGUCUUCCGUAUGAAAUCUCAGAAAGGGAAGAAAAAGGCCCUGGCUACCUGCUCCUCCCAUCUCACAGUGGUAAGUCUCUAUCUAGGUUCAGGUUUCUUUGUCCUUAUGGUACCUCCAACCAUGUACACAGAAAGGCAAAGCCAGGCUAUCUCCUUGUUCUACAACAUUCUCACCCCUAUGUUAAAUCCCAUCAUCUACAGUCUGAGGAACAAGGAAGUGUUGGGGGCUCUAAGAAAAUUGCUUGCCAUGGGAUAA